AUGUGGCAAUCAAAGAACCGCGGCCCCGUCCCUGAGUACUUGGAACUUCAAAACAUAGACGAAGCAACCACUCGGGAAACCGUAGAGUGGACAACGCAAGAGCUAAGGCAGCGCUAUUCCCGCUUCGAGGCUGACGACGUAAGGCUCACAGAACGCAGAAACAAAGUCCUCAUAAGUGUCCAAGACCUGAGAUUUCCUGACAAAGACCGCUGGACGAAACCGCAACCCCUCUUUGAUGAGAAUGGUGACGUUAGGGGUGACGUCUCAAGAUUAAAAGGCUUUCAACUAGCUACCCGAAGUGCGUUAGAAAGGUUGGCAACCCUGAAUGAAAAGGUUGCGUUAGAAAAACGCGUCGAGGGGCUACAAGAAACGUUGGAGGAAAGGGAGGCAGAUUACAUGAGACAGAGCAAACUGCUCCUCGAUGCUAAAAAGAGAGAACUUGACGACAAAAAUCAGCAAAUGAUAAAAAUGAGAGAACAAAGAGACAAUGCCCUGCGCGAUAGGGACCAAGCCCAAAAGGCCUUCGAUCUUGCCCUGCAAGACCUGGAUAUGAGCAAGGAGGAAGCUAAAAACUUGCAUAUCACCAUAGCCGGCUCUUUGGAGGAACGGCGGCAGUUGGUUGCCGAAAUUAACACCAAAGAAGAGCAAAUCAGGCAAAGAGAUCAGGCCACUGAAGACCUGGAGGGGCAAAUAGAGCGGCAGCAGGAGGUAAUCAACGACCAAACUCGUCCCGAAGAGGAAAGGGUGGCAGCCCAAAAGGAAGUAGAAACCCUUCAGCGAUGUAAAAUGGAGCAUCUGGACUUCUCAUCUUUUCAGGUCUUUUCAUAG